AUGGAUGCUUCUAAGGAGGCGCCUGUGGUUGGCAAUGAAGGGGAUAAUGUUGCUGCUACUGACAUUGAUCUUAAUCAAGAUGAGUUCUUGGAUGACCUGGAGAUCAAUGGCAAUGAAGCUAAAGCUGAGGCUGAAUGUUCUCAUUGGGAGCAGCAGUGCUGCAUCCAAAACUUGGAGGCUGACUCUGCCCAGCUCAAGACCUUGAUUGAGGAGCUGAUCAAGGAAGUGCAGCUGAUCCCUAAGGGCACCUCCAACUUCAUUCUAGACCUGCAGAACACUCUCAAGUUCGUGCAAGGGCAGCUCAACAAGCAUCACACUCUCAUCUCCCAGCUUCAGGCUCAGUACAAGGAGAUCCGGCGUGGCAACAUCUAUCAGCCUCCUUCUGCAGCUGAGCGUGCCGCAGCUUCCACCAAUAGCCGUGCUGAACCUGCUGUCACACCUUCUUAUGUCUCCCCUACUGCUGGAGCACGUGUUGAGCCUCCUGCUGCAGUUGCAACUGCCUUUGGCUCGUGCCCUUCGGCCCUGCCUCGUUUUGUCCACGGCAAGACCGAUGUCAAGAUUUGGCUCUCCAUUGCGGAGGAAUUCAUGUCCAUCCACAAUGUGCGUAGCGAGGCUCGCGUGGUCGCAGCGACCCUUGCCCUGGAUGACACGGCGAGCAAGUUGGUGUAUGCCAACGAGCGCCACGCAGAGGCAAAUGGCCAUCCUUUUGGCUGGGAGGAGUUCAAAGCUGCUAUGCUGACGGCAUUCCUAAGUCAACCCCCGGCGCUUGAGGUGCGUAGCCGCCUAGAGAACAUCCAGUGCGGUGACCAAACUGUACGCGAGUACGCCAAGGAGUUCGAGAAAACUCUGUCGCUGCUGAAGACCGCUUUUCCUGAGAGCGAGGUCAUCCACCAGUUUUUCGAGCACAUUAAGCGUAUGCACGUUGUUCGAGGGGAGCACCAGUGGAAGGCCUACAAGGAGUGCAAGGAGCAUGUCAUUGACACGGAUGUGAAUUUUUGUGCGUACAUGAGUCACGCUCGUGCUUUGCAGCCGCUUAGUGCCGAAGGCCCUAGGGGGGGUGGUAGCAUGACCUCGGUGCCCAAGGGCCAUGGUUCUUGGAAGAGGCCUUAUCAGCAGAAGGGGGAACCCUCUGAGACACAGUCCAAGAAGGCCCAUGCGGGGUCCACCAAGGACCCUCAGGAUGCUGAUAAGCCCUCGGCGGGCUGCCACAUCUGUGGCAAGCUCGGCCACAAGGCCUACAACUGCCGUUGGAGGAAGACGGUCAAUAAUUCCAGCAAGCCCAACCAGGGCAAGAAGCCGGAUGGUUCUAGUCCUUCGGGUCCCAAGGAUUUUCAGAAGAACAACUAG